GUUUUAGUGACUGGCCGUCUCCUCCACUACCACUGUGUAUACUUCUCUCAGUGUUUUUUUCUGCCCCGGUGUCCGUGGUCUUUAGGGGUUGCUCUCGUUGUCUAAGACAGAAGGCAUUAUAGAGGAACAGUGUAGUGCACACAAGAGGGCUACAACACUCAGUAUGGCAUAUCGAAGCUAGCGGUGGCCACGCCGCACCACCACCUAGCGAAGCUAUGGUGUCCCUGAGGAUGGUAUCUUACACUGACCUUUAGUUGAGUGAAUGUUGCGCGGCGUCGGUCAUGUUUUCCAAGAGGAAGUCGAGCUCGGAUCAUCUACCAGGCUUGGAGGAGCCUGUGUUAAGGCCACGCAUCCAUCGGCCGCCAUCUCCGCGCCGCUCAUCCUUCCAUGGAUCAGAGCCUCAUUUGCACGAAGACGAUUAUUGUCAGUUUAAUCAAGACCGUAAAAAGAAGUACGCCACUGCGCCCGUUAAACACCACUCAGCCUCCGCGGCAGCCGGCUCGCAUCGGGAAAAACCCGCCACGCCCGCUAAGAAUAAGAAUAUUCCCCAAGCGCCUUACCAGAAGACCUUCAUCGCCAUGCUGAAAGGCAAGGACAGUCGUGCAAACAAGCGUCGGAGCCAGGAGUUUACGGAGUGCUUGUCGCCCCUGGCCCAACAAACUAUGAUGAAUCUCAAGACCGCUGCUGCCUCCCCCAAGCCCCCGACCCUACCUCCCAAACCUGCCACGGGGACUUUCUAUCAGGCCUUGUCACCCAAUGUAACCCAGGUGACUCCCCGGGUGAUUCACGCCGGUCUCAACCAUCACAACGAACAACUGUACCACACUGAACCCAUCCCACCUAUGAAGCGAGAAUUUCUCCGCCUGAGUCCCGGACCGCAGCUACCCCCGGUGAAGCAUCAUAAGAAGAAGGAAGGACAAGUCAAUCGCUCCGAGAGUCUCAAGGAGAAACAGCCAAGACGGAAACGAACGAGAGAAAACCGAAAGCACAGCGACCCAAACAUUCCCACCUCCAAGUCUGCUGAUGUGGAUGCAGACUCAAGCCUCAUCCCAGAUAACUCUGGUAGUUCAUCCAAUUCAAGUCUUUCACCGAGCCUGGAGAGCCCCAGUCACUCCUUGGAGCACGUGCCCCGGGAAGCGCCCCUUCCCGCACCAGUCUUGGAGAAUGACUCAGACAUUGAGUGUGAGGUUGACCUUCCUAACUGGCAGAAACUCGUGUCCAGUGAUGAGAUCAAGAAGCUCAAGCCCAAGGAACGUAAAAGACAGGACACAGUCAGUGAACUGUUCCACACUGAGCGGACGCACGUACGGGUUUUAAAGGUGUUAAAACACCUUUUCCAAGUGCCGAUGUCAGAAGCAGGGCUACUAUCCAAACAACAGUUGGACUUGCUCUUCCCAAAUUUGGAUGAGAUCCUGGAAAUCCAUGUAAUAUUCAAUCAAGCCAUGAAGAAGAGGAGAAUAGAGGAACCUAUUGUGUCCAGAGUUGGGGAUGUUCUCAUAAACAUGUUUGAUGGUGAACAAGGUGACUAUUUCCAACAACAAGCUGCAGAGUUUGUGCGGUCACAGUUCACUGCCCUGGAGAACUUGAAACAACAACAGAAGAGAGACCAGAGGUUAGCAAACUUUCUACAAGAACAGGAGAACAACCCAGUAUGCCGGAGGCUUCAGCUGAAGGACAUGUUGCCAUGUGUUGUCCAAAGGUUAUCAAAGUACCCACUGCUCAUAGAGUUGCUACUGAGCUAUACAGACAGUAGUGCUCAACCUGAGGAAUAUGAGCAGCUCUCUCGGUCCCUGGAAAGGUCUAAGGAAAUCCUGGCAUUUGUAAACACAGCUGUGCAGGAAGCUGAGAACAGCCAGCGAUUACAUGAGCUACAACGCAAGUUGGACCAGUCAUCGCUUGCCAAAAACAAGCAUGGGCAGUUAGAGGAGCUCAAAGGGCACUUGGAACUGACGAAGCACAGACUAAUCUAUGAAGGACAGUUGACAUGGCGAGUGGCAAAGGGGCAGAAGAAUAUUGACCUGCAGGUGCUGAUGCUGGAUGAGUUCAUUGUACUGCUGCAGAAGGCUGAUGACAAAUACAUUCUCAAGAACCACUCCAUUAGCAAGUCUCCAGUGAAGGAUGAAAACAAACUGACUCAUUCCCCCAUAAUCAAGUAUGGCCCAUCCAUGCUCUUCCGUGCAGUGGCCACAGAUAACUGUGCCUUCUUCAUCGUCACCACACAGACAGUCGGGCCACAUAUCUAUGAGCUCGUUGCCUCAUCCCCUAUGGAGCGGAAAGUAUGGUUCCGCCACAUCCAGGAGGCACAGGAGGCAUACACGGCAAGAGAAGGGAGGAACCGCCGCGCACACCCACAUACGCCCCUGCAGGAUCCUGAUGACUCCACGCCUCCAUCCUCAGAUGCUCUCAGAGAUGUUGAUGAUGGAGUGGAAGUAGAUGGAGGAGAGGCUGCAGAUACCACUGCUGAAAGCCUUGUGGAUAGCAAGACUCAACAGGGAGCAGCAAAGUCCUCAGAGUCAUCAGGAAGGAUUGAAGAAUCACCUGCUCCUGCCACCCCUGCCCAACCUCCAGCUUCACCUGAAACACUUGUUAAGAAGACAGCAGAGGCGGGCGGGUCAGGCAGCAGCGGCAGCGGCCCGGGCGGCCCCUCUCCCACGGCUGGCCGGAGCCCCGCCUCCGGCCGCCGGCUCCAGGAGGUCCAGAUCAUCCAGAUCGUGGAGGGCCCAACGCUCAUCCAGCCCUCGGAGGUGAAGGUUUCUCAGGGAGUGGUCCUCUCUGCUGAGCCGGUCCUCACCCCCAUAGAAUUGUUACGACGUAAAGAUCUCAAGAUCCGGCAGGCUCUGGAAGAAAAGCAACAGAUCAUUGCCAACAUCCUGAACAUUCCCUAUGAGGACUUUGAGAGUGUGGUGGACAUGGCAGGUGAGCCAGCAGUAGGCAACAAAGAGCCGAAGGAGCUGGUGUUGGCAGCAAUGUUUCAGGCAAAGUGUUUACAAGAGAGCCUAAAUGAAGCACUUAACCUCACUGAAGGGGACAUUAUAGCAGCAAGGGCUAACGAGGGGAAAGCUACUGGAACAUCCUUGUACCAGGCCCCCAUGACCAAACUCAUGAACAUUUCUGCCACACUGUCCCAGCAACUCUCUUCAUUAUUGAAUCUUGUCUCUGAGAGGGAUGAUGAGAGAGAACAAAUGAGAAAAGAACUUGUUGCAUCACGAGAGCGUCUUCAUCUUUUGCACAUGCGCCAGAACUCCGCAUCCAGUCAGACAGCAGUGGCCAGCACCCAGGUCCCAUCCUCUUCCACCCAGCCCCCAACCUCCUCACCUUACACAUCUCGGCCAAGUUCCUUUGUGUCUGUGACAUCCUCAUUGGCUGAUCAUUCCGACACCAGCCUGCAGCAUGACACUGAUGAGGAUGGGACUGAGGUGAGCAAGGGAAGCAGUAUCCAACAAGAAGCAAGGCCUUCAGAUAACAGGGAGGAGCCACCCCCAGAGAACUUUGAAGAUGCAGGAAGUGGAUCAGAACUCACAGAUACCAAACCUGGAGAUGCAGAGGCCUCUGGAGGACUGCAGGAGAGUGAGGAAGGAGCAAGAGGAAGUGAGGAAGUGAGUGCCACCUGAGGAAGCUCACCUGCAGAUGCAGUGUGAGUGAUUUCCUUCUGACUCUUGCUAAUGUCCUCUGCUGCUGCAUUGUUUAGGGCCGGUGAAAGGCUGCAGUCCCCUACUGGUCCAUCCUCCUGACCACUGGAGGUGUGGAAGUGGUGGUGCUCUGCUGAAGGUCCACUCAGGUGAGGCAGAGACUGUCUUGGCGCUGCUGGAAUAAGAUGUGUGCAGAAGGGACAGCUUUGGUCAGGGACCUAAGCAUAGCAACACAAAAAAACAUUUCAUUUUCUUUGUAUAAUAUGUAAAUGAAAAGAUUUUAAUUAAAUUGAUUUAAUUAUUAACUCUUGAUAUCCAAGGUGAUUGAGUGUGUGCAUGUGCAACAUACAACUCUAGGCUGGCUGGACACAGCACAUAGCGUGACCAAGCAGUAGAAGUGUACAUACAGUGAGGUGGAGUGUGGUGAUCCUGGGGCUGGAGCUCCUGCCUGGUGCAGAGUCAUCCUCCAAUGGGUGGUGCAGCACACCCAAGCUGGCUCCUAGUUCCAAUUUGAUCAUCAACUGACAUAGAUUUCUGUAGCAUGUGGAGAAACUAUUAUAAGGUUGUAAUCUAUGCGAUUCCAUGAAAGUGAUCUUAGAAACUCAUAUAAUUGUUUGGUUGUAACUUCUAUUAGUGUCAUAUUUGUGUAAUACAAACCUCAUUUAUGGAUCCUCUUUUAAACUACAUAACAUACUUUUCCUAACCAUGUCUGAACUGCCACAUGCUACAGCUCCAGGUUUGCCAAAGUAAGAUAGGGAUUCCCAUGAUAGGGAAAUACCUUAGUCAGCUUUUUCACCAAAUGUUUGUUGUACUAUGUUCAAAUAUAAUCAAGUCACCUGGUGUACAUUACGUUCCUAGUCCUUUGUGUUGCGGAAAGCUGCUGUCCCGCUGAGCCACCGUGGACCAACGCCAGACUCUCAAGUCACUACCUUAGGAUACCUGUCAUGUACCUCCUUGUGGGCAUGUCACCAGCCUGCCUCAGACAAACACCCACUUUAAGCAUCAGUGUAUUAUUCACUCCUGGAAAAUUCUUCAUUGUUUCAAGACUGAACCCAAAGUCGCCAUCUGUAUUACUACCAGAUUAUUCCCUAAUAAUAUUCCCUUGUGGAUGUUCAUUCUCAGUCUAGACUACAAUUUGUUAUGAUUAUAACUUACAUUCAUUCAUGUCUCAUGAAAUUUGUUGUUUCAAAACAUACGUGUCCCCAUGGUAGUGUUUCCCUUUGUGGAGGCAGAGGUGACCCAGGGUGAGGAAGUAGGGAUGGAGAUGGGAUCAGGAGAAGAGAUAAAAUCUACUAUCCAAAAGGAAGUAGUAUAAAGUGGAGGCUGCUCUCCUCCCUGCAACACUACUGGUCAGAGCUUAGAGUUGUCUAUCCACUAUCUCAUUGUUGGUUGGAAUUGCCUCUCCACUCAGUUCAUGGUGGAUGGAGAAGGUUUUUCUCCUCUGAUCAAGUGACGGUGGAGAUAUUCCUUCCCUCUCUCCCACUGGAGGGUGACAACUUGUCAAGCUACAUGAGAGGGUGUUUGUUCUCUUGUUUAUUUGUAUGUACAUAUCUUUGUUGCCCAAGCAUUAUGGGUAAACAGUAAACACAUUACCACAAACAGUGAUCAUUUGUAAAUUGUAAUAAUGUUAUUGUAUAAUCAAUCAGCAUAAUGUAUAGUGCAGCCUAAAUGCAUAAAUAAUAAAAAUAUGAAAUAUU